AUGGCAGCUAGGGACCGCUUUGGUGCCUACGCUGACCUAGGCCUAACUCCGCUGCAACGAGCGAUUCGUCAUGCCUGCGAUAUCUCCCACUACGAACCCAACCUUGCCCUGAACCUCGAAGUCGCGGACCUGAUUAAUUCCAAGAAAGGCAAUGCUCCCCGUGAAGCAGCACUCGAGAUUGUCCGUCUGAUCAACUCCCGGAACCAAAAUGUCUCCUUACUGGCGUUGGCUCUCCUCGACAUCUGUGUCAAGAAUUGUGGAUACCCUUUCCACCUUCAAAUCAGUACCAAGGAGUUUCUGAAUGAACUGGUCCGACGGUUUCCCGAGAGGCCCGCGUUGCGCCCCUCGAGAGUUCAACAUCGCAUUUUAGAGUCGAUCGAGGAAUGGAGGCAAACGAUUUGUCAGACGUCGAGGUACAAGGAGGAUUUGGGACAUAUUCGGGAUAUGCACCGUCUCCUGCUCUACAAGGGCUACGUCUUCCCUGAAAUUCGAAACGAGGAUGCUGCAGUUUUGAACCCCAGUGACAAUCUUCGCUCCGCUGAGGAGAUGGAGGAAGAAGAGAGAGAGGCUCAGUCAGCGAAACUUCAGGAGUUAAUCCGUCGAGGCACACCGGCAGAUCUACAAGAAGCGAACCGAUUGAUGAAGGUGAUGGCCGGCUAUGACAAUCGACACAAAACCGACUACAGGGCUAAGGCGGCAGAGGAAGUCGCUAAGGUGCAGCAGAAGGCCAAGAUCCUGGAGGAGAUGUUACAAAGCCAGCAGCCGGGAGAGCGAAUCGCAGAAGGAGAUGUGUUCGAGGAACUUGCGAAUGCUUUACAAAGUGCCCACCCUAAGAUACAGAAAAUGUGCGAGGAGGAGUCCGACGAUCCAGAGGCUGUUCACAAAUUGUUAGAAAUCAACGACAGCAUACACCGCACCAUCGAACGGUACAAACUUGUCAAGAAGGGUGAUGUGGAGGCUGCAUCGAGGAUUCCCAAGGGCACUUUAGGAACAACGACCGGUGUUUCGAAGAACGCGAACAAUGAAUUGUCUCUCAUCGAUUUCGAUCCAGAACCCAGCUCAAACGGCAAUACCUCGCAACCGGCGGGCGGCAGUUCUCUCGAGAAUGAUCUGCUUGGCCUCUCUAUAGACGAGCCAGCCCCUGCUGGAGGCAUCUCCCUAGGACCUGGACCUGUGACACCAAUGCCUUCUUCUACACCGCCGAUACAGCAGGCCCCUUCGGCAUUUAAGCCCAACUAUGAUAUCCUGUCUUCGUUGAAUUCAUCCCGCCCUGCGUCUCAAUCAUCCAUACCUGCACCCGCAGCGAUGCGGCCACAGAGCACCACAGCUACCCCACCUCCAUCCGACCCUUUCGCCUCGCUGGUGUCUGCCAGCCCCCGACAUCCCAGAGCCAGCUCGCCGCAGCCCGCAGCUGGUAACACGAAAGCGGCGGAUGAGGAUGAGUGGGAUUUCACGUCCUCGCUCCCAGAAAGUAACGCUCUCCCGACCACGAAUCGUGUGCAGGUGUUGAACUCGUCGUUGCGAGUGGAAUUCGUGGCGCGGCGGCACCCCCAGCAGGCCCGGCAGAUUCACAUGGUGGCCUUGUUUUCCAAUGGCACCAAUCAGCCACUAAGCGAGUUGCAUUUCCAAGUCGCCGUGGAGAAGGCAUAUACUUUGCAGCUUCGGCCCCAAUCAGGGCGAGAUAUUGCACCUUUGCAGGCGAACGGAGUCCAGCAGGAAAUGUUGGUGAGUGGCGUGGAAGCGGGCAAAGGCAAUUCGAUUAAGAUGCGGUUCAAGGUUUCUUACCGGGUGGGCAACGAGCAAAAGGAGGAACAGGGAAUGGUACCGUCGUUGGGAAUUGCUUAG